AUGCUCCGCAAGGGACAAGAGAGAGGACUCUCACCCGGUCCCCGAAGGCGCCAAGGACGCAGCUCUGCAAAAGAGGGAGACCACAGCCCCUCUUCCCUGGCAGGAAGUGACGCAAAAGGAGGUGCCUUUGCCCGCCCCCGUCCCACCUUCAUUUUCUGUCCUCGACAGGCGCCAUUUCAGGAGAGACGGUGAGGGUGGGAAGAGGCGACGGGCUGCCCGGCGACGUGACGCCACAGCACCAUCUUGAAAGAGGGCAAGAAGCAGGCGGAAACGCGAACAUCCUGGAAAAGGAUGGGGCGGGGAGAGGAAAGGUGGCGGAAAGAGUGGGAGCAUUUGCACAUACACGUGUCCACAAAACACCAAGACUCCUGCAGGUGGUUGCAGGUAAUGCAACAGGAGCCCUUCUGCAAAUGGCCUUUGCAGCAUAACUCAGUUAUAUGGUAACAAAGUAUCCAGAUGCGCCUAUUUACAGUGGAUAUUUUCACUUAGCCCUGUUUCUCUAUGAAUCCACCAAUUUCUUAGUUAAAUACUAACGUAAAAUCGCGAGUGGGAAUUGCAGGCGAAAAAGGACACGCCUGCGGAGACGAAAGCUCAUACCAAUAACUAACUUAGUUGGUCUCUAAGAUGCUACUGGAAGGAAUUUUUGUUUUGUUUUGUUUCGACUACGACAGACCAAAACGGCUACCUACCUGUAACUAGAAAUUUGGGGGAAAGCUGUGCAGCAGGCGCCUGAAUCGCCACGGUGCAGGCGCCUGCCCGAAAUCAAGGGGCAGGGAGUUCCAAAGGGCAGGCGAGGACCGGUCAAGCUCCUUCGUUGCCUAGGCGAAGAGGCAAACUCGACUGGAUCGCUCGCUUCCCGCCCGUGAAGCGCAAGAAGAAGGAAACCAAAGAGAAGAGCCGCCCUCAGCCCCGAGGGGCUUACAAUCGGAAGGAGGGACAAGAGAAACGUCUUGCCAGGAAAAGAGUUUUGAGCUGAGCCGAAAUCCCACAGGAUCGCCGGUGGAGUCCCCGUGAGAAAUCGCGCGAGCAUCUGAGCGUGUGCAGAGUGCAAACCUCGCCUCCCUGGCGUCUCCCUGCGAAGGCGGCUUCUUCGCCCUCCGUCGGCGCCUGCAGGGGGCUCCGCCCGCCCCGCCGCCUCCUCCGCCCCCGCCGGACUCUGAGUCACUAAUCGGGAGCAGAUGCCUCCGGCCAGAGCCUCGCCUGGCUGCAGAAGGUAAGGGGGCGCACGGAGGGGGUGGGGAGAAGCCAGAGAGGCGGGGGCGCUGGGCAAACCGCCGAGGCUGGGUGGGUAGGGGAGCUGAGCCCCGAGACCUAUUUGCCCGCCCGGCCGUCGGCGAGGGCGCCCCUGAGGUUACGCAGAGCGCCUUGAGCCCAGGAUAGGAUGGAUGACAAGGAGGAACGGGGAUGUUGGUGGCCUCCGGGAGCCCCGGCACCUAUUUUGCUCGCCCUGCCGUCGGCGAGGGCGCCCCUGAGGUUACGCAGAGCGCCUUGAGCAAUGCAGGAUGGGCGCAGAGGAGAGGAGAGGGUUGGAGGCGCUUGUUCUGUGGACGGCGAGGGCGCCUCUGAGACUACGCAGAGCGCCUGGAUCGGUGCGGGAUGACCAAGAGGAGAGUCUCCAUGAGUCCCCGCACCUCUUCCUUCCCCGGGACCAGAUCCUCGGCGGGCUGCCCAGCCUCCGCCUGCGCCCGCCCCGUCUGGGCUGCAGGCGAAGCUGGAAGGAGCGGGUGUCUCGCCAUCCCGGGUCUCCUCCUCCUCCGCAUCCCCUGGAAUUUCCGGGGAUCGGGUUACGCGACCCUCCUCCUCCUCCUCUCCGGCUGCAGACUUCCAGCGAGCGGGACCAGAGGCGACGGGGCGGGCGGUGAGUACCAGGCUCCCGGCUCCGCCAUGCCUUCCUUGCCCGGGGCAUUGCAAGCGCCCCCACCCUCUGCAAAAGGGGCCCCCAGCCUCUCCCUCUCCUCUCCCUCCUCCUCCCUGUCUUCGCCACGUCUUGCCCGCAUCCAGGAGAGGUGCUGAGGCCUGCCGGGAUGUCUGCUCCCUCCCUGGCUUAGGAGAAGAGUUGAAAAACAACAGACGGCUUUGAUUUGGGGGGCGGAGGGGGGAGAGAAGGGGAAGGGCUCCUGGGCAGAGCAGCUUUUCUGCAUCCAGAAGGCUCCCAGUGCAGUCCUGAAACUUUGGAGAGCCGUUGCUGCCGGUCAGAGACUCCUGAGCUAGGCAGGCCAAUGUGUCUUGACUCAGUAGGGAGCAUCAUAUGGAAAGGCAUACAGCCACUUCUUCUGUGUCCCCAUUUAAACCAGCCUUUAAUCCAGAGCCAGGAAGACUAGAAUCUUGGUUUAUUUUUUAAAGGAGGGGCUAUAGCUCAGUGGGAGAGCAUCUGCUUUGCAUGCAGAAGGUCCUGGAUUCAAAUUCUGCCAGCAUCGCCAGGUAGCAUUCCUGUCAAAAACCUUGAGGAGCUGCUGCCGAUCAGUGUAGACAGUAUUGAGCCAGAUGGACCAAUGUAUCUGACUCAGUAGGGAACAUCCUAUGAUUUUUCCCCGCUCUCUCUCCUAAUCUCCCUGCCUGGAUCCAAACUCUCACAAGAGUUUUUUUUCUCUUUCUUAUUUUGUAAAAUGUGUACACGCAGACUGGAAAACUUAGCGGCCUGCAGCAAUUCCGUUGCACCCGCCUGCUGCCAGCCAGGACGCCUUCACCCGAGGCCCUGUUUUGGGGGUGCACCCUGGAUUGCUUUAUGGGUGCCCUGUAUGAAUGAGGCAAGUGGGUGCGGCACCAUCAUUUAUUAAUCUUUAUCGAUUUAUAUUCCCUCAGGGGGCUCAAGGUGGUUGGCACAGCCCUCCCCAUUUUAACCCUCACGAUACCCCUGCAAGGUAAGCUGGGUGAAGGGAUGGUGUCUGAGCCAAAGGUACCCCGUAAGAUGGGGGGGGGGUUGGCAUUCAUAUUAGAUGCUCUGCAGCACUGACCCACAGCCCUUCCCAAACACCCGGAGGGCUCCAGGGUUUCCCCCCCACACACAAAUCUAGGAUUCUAUUGCUCCCACCGGAAGCCCCAUAUUUCUUUUGGAGGUCUUUUCAGGGCCCCAAAGUGGGUCCCUCAAACAUCAAGUAUCAGGUAACGCAGAAUAUUUGGGGAAGAGUUUUUCAGCGAUGGAUAAUGUGCAUCUGAUUGGCCCCUGUGAGAACAGGAUGCUAGACUAGACAAGCUCUUGGCCUGAUCCAGCAACCUCUUGUUGUUGUUGUUUAGUCAUUUAGUCGUGUCCGCCUCUUCGUGACCCCCUGGACCAGAGCACGCCAGACACUCCUGUCUUCCACUGCCUCACACAGUUUGGUCAAACUCAUGCUGGUAGCUUCGAGAACACUGUCCCACCAUCUCCUCCUCUGCCGUCCCCUUCUCCUUGUGCCCUCCAUCUUUCCCAACAUCAGGGUCUUUUCCAGGGAGUCUUCUCUUCUCAUGAGGUGGCCAAAAUAUUGGAGCCUCAGCUUCAGGAUCUGUCCUUCCAGUGAGCACUCAGGGCUGAUUUCCUGCAGAAUGAAGAGGUUUGAUCUUCUUGCAGUCCAGGGGACUCUCAAGAGUCUCCUCCAGCACCAGAAUUCAAAAGCAUCAAUUCUGCCUUGCCGUGGUGAAGGGGCUUGAAUAACUCAGAGAAGCUAUGAGCUAUGCCAUGCAGAGCCACCCAAGAUGGACAGGUCAUAGUGGAGAGUUUUGACCAAACAUGAUCCACAUGGAGCAGGAACUGGCAAGCCACUCCAGUAUCCCAGCCAAGAAAACUCCAUGGACAAAGACAGCAACUUCUUAUGGAGGUCUAUUGUGAUAGCAGAACCUCCAUGCCCAGGGACAGUCUACCUCUGAAUACCAGGCCUUGGGAACAACUGGAGAGUUGCUGCUUGUGGGCCUCCCUUUGGGGUCCCGGUCGGCCACUGUGAGAGCAGGAUACUGGCCUGGAGGGGGCUGAUCCAGCAGGCUCUGUUCUUAUGUCAUCACUUCUAGAUUUAUGAUUUUAAAAAAGCAGGGAAAUUACUGCAGUGAAAGGUCCCAGCGGCAAGGAGCUUACAGUCCAAAGUUCGAAACUGCCCCAAGGAGAAGAGCAAGGGUGUGUGUGUGUGGCAUGGACAUUGCACUGCCCACUUUUCAGAAAAUAAAAUCUGUGCUUCCAGGUGGGAAUAUUGGACAGCUCUGCAGUCAAACCUCGAGUCCCGACGAUGAAUAUCCUUGCCCCCGUCAGGCGGGACCGCGUCAUUGCCGAACUGCCGCCGGUAAGGGGGCCAGGAUCCUUGGAGGCAGGGGGCGGCAGGCACAGCUCAGCAGCAACACUUAUGGUGUCAGAAUCUCACUUUUUAGCAUCAGGAUGGUUUUGCACCUGUGGCUCCGCCCCUUUCCCUCUGGCCCCACCCACCACUGAUCUGGGGGCCAGGAUCCUUGGAGGCAGGGGGCGGCAGGCACAGCUCAACAGCAACACUUAUGGUGUCAGAAUCUCACUUUUUAGCAUCAGGAUGGUUUUGCACCUGUGGCUCCGCCCCUUUCCCUCUGGCCCCACCCACCACUGAUCUUCGGCCCUCGGAAGGUUGCCAAGGAGACGGUGUGGCCCUUGAUCUGAGAACGGUUCCCAAGUCCUGCUGGCAUGCACAUUUCUGGCCCCUCUUUCUGCAAGCAAAAGAGAACGGAGGCCAGGAAUGGCUCAGCCAUGGAGCCAAAUUGGGGGUGCUGGAAUUUUGGGGUGCUUGCACCAGAUUGGAGAUUUUUGGUGGGGGCUGUAUGUGUGUGCCUGGACAGAGAGUGGGGUGUGUGACCUGUAUUUGAAGAGAAGGCCUUUUAAAGAAUCAUAGAGCUGUAGGGUCGGAAGGGACCCCACAGGGUCAUCUAGCCCAACCCCAGUCCCCGUCCCCAUGCAAUAUUCCCCGGAUGUCCUGGGGGAAACGAUCUGGAGCCUUUUUCAACUGGCCCACCAGCUCAAAUCAGGGGGAGGACAAUAACGAAAAAAAACCAGUCUCCUGGCCUGGGUUGGACUAGAUGACCGUAGGGUUCCCUUUCAUCUCUGGUAGGGAGAAAACGGUGGAGGGGAAACCCUUUUAAUUCAUUAAGAGCAGGGGUCAGCAAGCUUUUUCAGCAGGGGGCCGGUCCACUGUCCCUCAGACUAUGUUGGGGGCCGGACUAUAUUUUGAAAAAGAAAAUGAACAAAUUCCUAUGCCCCACAAAUAACCAAGAGAUGCAUUUUAAAUAAAAGCACACAUUCUACUCAUGUAAAAACACGCUGAUUCCCGGACCGUCCGUGGGCCAGAUUGAGAAGUCAGUUGGGCCGGAUCAGGGCCCCCAGUCUUAGUUUGGCUACCCAUGCUCUUGAGCAGGCAUAGGCAACCUUCGGCCCUCCAGCUGUUUUGGGACUACAACUCCCAUCACCCCUAGCUAACAUGACCAGUGGUCAGGGAUGAUGGGAAUUGUAGUCCAAAACAUCUGGAGAGCCGAAGGUUGCCUAUGCCUACUCAAGAGCAUCAAAAACUUAGAGGUGUGUGUGUGUGUGGCUGCACAGGUGGCCUGGGAACUCAGUGGUUAGGGAAACUUUUCUUUAAAAUGCACACAAACUUAUUUGUUUCUUGUGGGUUUGUGCAUGUGGUGCUGGCGGGAGUCUUUGCAUUGGAAGAGCUGUUUGGGGCGCUGCAAGGAGCAUACAGAAUGGGGGCGUGUGGCAGUGCCGUAACUCCCCCCAUUCCUCGUUUUCCUUCCCAGUGCUUCACCAAAGGGGCCGCGCUCCAUUCCAGGACCUCCUUUCACUCCAAAGUGGUUGGGAUGUGCCAGUCCCAGAGGACGGGGACCGUGGGGUGAGUAUUUAACACCAGAACAUGAGAACACUGAACAAAGCUGAAGGUAGGAAGAUUUGGGGUGGAUAAAAGGAAGUCCUCCUUCACGCCGUGUGGAGUUAAACUGUGGAACUCCCUGCCACUUGGAUGGCUUCAACAGAGGUUUGGACAAAUUCCUGGAGGAGGUGAGGGCUAUCGAGGGCUUCUUGCCAGGAUGAGUUUGCUCUGCCGGAGGCAGUCAAUGCUUCUGAAUACUAGUUGCUGGAAAAGAGGGGGGUCUUGUGUUCGAAUCCUGAUUGUGGGUUUCCCUUUGGGGCAUCUGGUUGGCCGCUGUGAGAGCAGGAGGCUGAACUAGACGGACCACUGGGCCUGAUCCAGCAGCCAGGCUCUUAUUAUGUUCUUAUUUACGGAGACCCUUGUCUCCACCUUUAAAGACCAUCGCCAUGACCUUCUAGAGGCCAGAUCCACAGAUCAGUUAGGGGCACAGAAGUCUAUUCCUUUUAUCUCUCCUGAAUCUCCUGCACAGAAUCCUGGAAGGAGGGACUGAAAGGCCCAUCUAGUCCAACCCUCAGAAUGCAAACAUCACAGCUGAUUUGUCAGCAUUUCCCUGCAAAUUCCUCCUUCUGUACACAUGUAGUUUUGUCUAACAUGAAUAUUUUUGCACAGCGGUUUCCCCGAAUAGAAUGCAGCCUUGUAUGUUAUUUUUCACUGAUGCCUGCAUUCAUAUGCACCCUUUGCAUCCUUGCACACUUUACUUGUCUGGAGAACUGCACUGCAAAAUCCAUGGAAAAUGUGAAUUUCUAAGGACAGCUGUGUUUUGCUUCACAUAUUGUUUCAGAAACUGCAAGUCACUUUGUAUUUAAAUGUGCAAGUCUCUUUCGCUAUAGCAUGACGAGAGAAGGAGAAAGACUUCUCUGUCCGAUUUUCGCCACCCCAGGGGUAAUUUUACUCAUCUCUAUCACACUCCACCCCUUUUAUCUCCCAUCAGUCACCCUUUAUCUUAGCUUAGAUAAAAGCCCCCUGGCAUUAUGAACAGUUCCUAUUAGGGGAGUCUCUCCAGGCUACCUUUUUCCUAGACAUUAACUCAGCCUUUCCCCCCUUCUCAACAGGUUUAAAAUUUCCAAGAUCAUUGUAGUCGGUGACCUCUCUGUGGGGAAGACCUGCUUGAUCAACCGGUAACUAUGGGGGAAUACCCGGGAGGAUCGGGGCCCAGGUCUUGGAGAAUCAUGGGAAUUGCUCAGGGUGCAGGGAACUGUAGCUCACGCAUUUCAGCACCCUAAACGAAUGGCAAUCCCCAGGGGGCCCCACGGCUGUUUAGAGCGCUUUAAAUGUAAAGUGUGGGUUUGACCCCCAAGUCCUUUUAUGCCAGGAUGACGAACCUGUGACUUUUGGCUGUCGGUACUCCCCACACCCCAACUGUCCUUGGGUGUUUUUGCCUGGCUGCAAAUGUCUCUCUGAACUGUGCAAAGGGACGCCUGCUAGAGGGUUGCUGUUUUUCGGGGGGGACGGACAGAGGAGCACCCCCUCCAUUUGCCAAUGGACCUUUAAAGCCCUUUGUGGCUUAGGGCCCUUGUAUUUACAGGGCUGCCUCUUCUGGUCUGCCCACAGAGGACCUUAAGGUCCAUGAACAACCAUAGUUUAGAGGUCCCGGGCCCUAAGGAAGUCAGACUAUCCUCCACCAGGGCCAGGGCCUUUUCAGUGAUGGCUCCAACCUGGUGGAAUGCUCUGUCCCAUGGGCCCUGCAGGAUUUAACCUCCUUCCUCAGGGCCUGUAAGACAGAGCUAUUCUGCCUGGCCUUUAAUUUGAAUUCAGCCUGAUCUUUUAUUUCCCUUCCCUUCCCUUCCCUCCCCCUCCCCUUUUAUGAAGAUCACCCGCUCUGAGACCCCACAGCUAAUUCUCCCCUGGCCUCCUCGCUGGCCCAAGUAGGACCAAUUCAGCCAGCUGGCCCUGGGGAUUAUGUAAGGCUUAUUUCCCCUAAGUUGAUUUUUGAAUUUUAUUGUUAUUCAUGUUUUUAUACUGUAUUUUAUGCUGCUUUUAUAAUUGUUUUAAAUUUGUUGUUAGCAGCCCUGAACCCGGUUUUUGAACUGGGAAGGGCGGGGUAUAAAUAAAAAAUUAUUAUUAUUCUUAAUCUUGAGCAGGAAGAGGCUGAUGCAGAACCCUCUCCUCCUUGGCCCCUCUCUCUCUCCCUUUCUCUUUCCUUAUCCUCAGCUUUUGCAAAGACACUUUCGACAAGAACUACAAAGCCACCAUUGGGGUGGACUUUGAGAUGGAGCGGUUUGAGGUGCUGGGAGUCCCCUUCAGCCUGCAGCUGUGAGUACCUGCAGCCCACCCACCCAACCUCUCCGUCCUUCGGGGGAACCCCUCCCUUGGCCCCCUUUCUCAGUCAUCCCCGCUACGCAGAUAAGCCCUGCUCUGGAGCUCUGUGGCACCUGCAGCCUAACGCCUUCCUUGCCUCCCUGCCAGGUGGGACACGGCCGGCCAGGAACGCUUCAAAUGCAUCGCCUCCACCUACUACCGUGGAGCUCAAGGUGAGACAAUGCGAUUAUCAGGGGUUGGAGGGUCUGUCUGUCUGUGUCUCUCUUUGCAGCAGAUAGCUCCCUGGAACGCAGCUAACAGGUGGGCAAGCAGCCUUGAGGACUAGCUCCUUAUGGGGGCUGUUAGGAUAUAGUUCUGUUCCACCUUAAAAGGUCCAUGACUGUUGUGUGUCACAUGCCUGUUUACAUUUCCAGCACAGUCUGCUGGGAACUUCGUUUGUAUAUUGCUUUUGCUAUUGCUGUUUUGUUGGACACGAAGGGAAGCAGACAUGUUUUUCCUUUGUUCCUGAACUAUGCUGAAUAAACACCUGUAAAUAAUGCUUACACACGUCUCUGUCUGCCACUUCCGUUGUGAGGAUUUGAAAGGGAAAAACUGGGAUCCUCCUGGCAUUCUCCGUGGGUGGUGAAAAACUGCAGAAAGGAACCCUCUUUUGUGACCUCUGGGGUCCCAUCCAUGUGGGAAGUCGGUGUGUGCCAAUGAAUAUUUCUUGUUACUUGGUUGUGCUUGGGCAGGGGCGAACGAAUACGUUGUGACACCCGGGGCGGGGCAUCACUAUGUAGGGCGCACGUGCGGUGUCGCUACGUAUGACGCAUGCACCGUACAUAGCAAUGCCGCAUAUGUGCUGUACAUAGCGGUUUGCCGGCGGCGCUGCUCCAGCGCUGUACAGAUGGUGCUGGGAUCUUCUGCUCAAGUGGCGCCAGUGGCAAACCGCUAUGUGCAGCGCAUGUGCAGCAUCGUUAUGUACAGCGCAUGUGUGCAACAGCGCACAUGCGCUGUACAUAGCGGUUUGGUGGCGGCAGCAGGAUCCUCUGCUCGCGGCUGCAGAGAAACAGUUUCUAUCCAAAUGCGAUUUUGGUUUAAAUGCAGUGUAAGGUAGUCUCUAUGGGAGUAUAUUGUAUUUAAUUAUGGGGUGUCGAGUUUUAAGGGGGCUAACCAGGCUGGGACAGGUGGGAAAGCAGGCUUGUUGGUUUUUGAAUGUCUGAUGUAGAUUUUUUCAAUUUCGUUGUUCCGUAUGGGACAAUGAUAAUAAAGAUUAUCAUAUCGUAGAUUAUCGUAUUGUAUCCUCCACAUGCGGCUGUGACAGAGUGAUGGCUGCUCACGCCACCGCGAGCCCCCACGGGGUUCUUAUCACCCCCCCAACAUGGCACCUGGGGCGCACUGCCCCCCCCCCAUUGUGAUGCCACUGUGCUUGGGGGCUUACCUUUGGGACAUGUGGCUGAAAGUCCCCCAUCCAGCGUUUCCCAGAAUUUACCAUCUCAAGAACAUCUAAGCCCUCCCUUUCCUCCAGACCUUGAACUGUCUAAUUUUUUUUGGAGAGGGAAGGGGACUUAGAAAGGGGUCCCCUUUUCUCCUCCGUGACCUCAACUCUCCCCGCCUCUCCGCAGCCAUCAUCAUCGUCUUUGACCUGAACGACGUGGCAUCCCUGGGCCACACCAGGUGAGUUACCUGUCGAGUUCGCCGUCCCCAGCUGGCAUCAAAGCUGUGCUGUCAACAGGGUGUGCGUGCAUGGCUGUGAGUUGUGCUGGAUCAAGUCCCUGACUCAACAUUGAUUCCAGAACCAGAUUGCACCCAUGUGACCCUACUGCGACUCCUGCAUUGCGGGGGCUGGACUCGAUGACGUUUUGGGGCUCCCUCACACCUCUGUGUGCAACGUCAAGAAAUUAAAACAACCCCCUUCAUUUUGGUACCUUUGACGCUUUGUGGGGAGGUCAGGGCCCCUCUCGGCCUCUAUCCUACCUCACAAGGUUGUUGUGAGGAUAAAACAGGGAGGAGCAGAACUCUGCACGCCCCCUGGAGCUCCUUGGAUAUCAACACGAUAGAAAGAUACUACACUUGAUUUUAGCCAAAAGGCUGAGAAGCGAGAGUCAGAGGUCAUACAUUUUCUUUUACUGGGGAAUGAUCAGGAGCUCACCAGGUUAGUGGCUAAAUAUCUCUACAGUGGUGCCCCGCAAGACGAAUGCCUCGCAAGACGAAAAACUCGUUAGACGAAAGAGUUUUCCGUUUUUUGAGUCGUUCCGCAAGACGAAUUUCCCUAUGGGCUUGCUUCGCAAGACGAAACGUCUUGCGAGUUCUUGCGAGUUUGUUUCCUUUUUCUUAAAGCCGCUAAGCCGUUAAUAGCCGCUAAGCCGCUAAGCAGCUAAUAGCCGUGCUUCGCAAGACGAAAAAACCGCAAGACGAAGAGACUCGCGGAACGGAUUAAUUUCGUCUUGCGAGGCACCACUGUAUUUGGUUUUUUGUUGUCGAAAUACACUGCAGACGUCUGAUCUCCCUGGAGACCCAAGAGUUGUGACGAUAGACUGCUCUGCCUCCUUUCUUUUAGCAAAUGUUUUGUGCCACUGGGGAAGUGGUAAUUCUGUAUUGAUUUGUUUUGGAUGUUGUAUGUGAUGCCAAUAAAAGGUUUGAUGAUGAUGAUAGAUAGAUAAAUAGAUAGAUAAGGAAAUAAAUAAUAGCAGCAGUGAUAAAUUCCACUCCUGGAUUUCUCUCUCUGCUCACUCUGUUCCAGGCAGUGGCUGGCUGAUGCCCUGAAGGAGAAUGACCCUUCUAGCGCCAUUCUCUUCCUCGUCGGCACCAAGAAGGAUCUCAGCGUAAGUUGGGGAGAAAAAGAGAGAGGGAGACAGAGGGUGGGCUGUAUCCUGCCUGCCCCACCUCCCUGCAGGACCCUCUGCCUUGUUCAGAAGGCAUCUCCUGCGAAUUCCGUUCAGGGCUCAUUCAUUGAAGGUGCACAAAGCCCUCCCUCCUCCAACCACUGGCCCUCCAGCCCAGGAUCAUUUGCAUGGCACGGGGUUGGGCUGGAUGACCCCUGGAGGCCCCUUCCACAAUUCCGUGAUGCCCUGGGGGAUGAGGCUACUGAUUUAUGGAGGUUCUUCAUGAGGGCUUACAGGGAACAGGCACAGCCAAAACUCCUUCUACCUGCCCCCUGACUUGCCACUCCCCUGCUUUGCUUCCAGGAUGAUCCUGGCAACUUGAUCGAAACCUGGAUCCCGUUGGAUCAGCCCAGUUCAGGAUCCAGCCAAAUCUAGCCUGGUUAUUUAUCAUUAAGGGGGCAAGGAAAGAGGACACUUCCACAAACCUUAUACUCUCUCAGCCACAGCACCAUCUUUGUGAUUGGUGCUUUGCAAGGGGGUAGCUCUCUGCCCCAAGCAGCUUCCAAUCUGAAACUCACCCUGGAGGGAAGUGGAGGCAGGGAAGAAGCGCUUCUAGCUGGGUUCCUGGAGCUCCUGCCGCUGUCCUUCCUUCCUCCUGAGCCCUUCCCUUCCCUCUCACAGUCUCCGGCGCAGUACAGCCUCAUCGAGAGGGAAGCUCUCAAGGUGGCCAAGGAAAUGGAGGCUGAAUAUUGGGCUGUCUCCUCGCUCACAGGUAAGCUUCUCUUUUGCACAGCGACUCUGUUCUCGGUCGAAAUGCUUCCGAGUACCUGUGGCUGGAGGCUGCAGGAGGGGAGAGUUGCCCUUGUGCUCGAAUAAACCAUAAUAAACCUCCUCCUUCGUGUGCCUCCUCCUCAAGCGGUCCGGAGGGUGGCAACGCGAGAACGGGGCCAUCUUUGCAGUGGCUCCCCGACUGUGGAAUGCUCUCCCCAGGGAAGUUCGCUUGGCACCUUCAUUAUAUAGACAUACCUCAGAUUACAGACGCUUCAGGUUGCAUUUUUUUGGGGUGCGGACCGCUGAAACCCGGAAGUACCAGAACGGUUUACUUCUGGGUUUCGGCAGUCGCGCAUGCGCAAAAGUGCUAAACCGUGCUUUGCGCAUGCACAGAAGCGCCAAUUUGCAACCGGCGCAUGCACAGAAGCGCCGCUGCGGGUUGCGAAUGUGCAUCCUGCAUGGAUCACGUUCGCGACCCGAAUGUCCACUGUACACCUUUAGUUGCCAGGAAAAAAGUUCCUUUUUAACCAGGCCUUUGGUUGAUCUGAUUGACAUCCUAUACCCUUUAAAAAUGUGGCUCUUUUGCAGGGCGGUGUUUUUGUUUGGAUUUCAUAUAUUGUGAUUUUUUCUGUGAACCGCCCUGAGACCUCCAGGUUUAGGGUGGUAUAUAAAUUCAAUAAAUAAUAAUAAUAAUUAAAAACAAAACAAAACACCUGGCUGGCCCAUGUGAGAACAGGAGGCUGGACUAGAAGGGCCACAGGCCUGAUCCAGCAGGAGGGUAUAUUUCUGAAUGCAGUGUCUGGUUAACCUGCGGAACUCACUUCCACAGGAGACAAUGAUGGCCACCAACUUAACGGGCUUUAAAAGAGGAUUAGGCAAAUUUAUGGAGGAGGAGAGGGCGGUCUAUGGUAUUUAAGGAAACGGUAUCACCCCCCGCACCCCCCUCCCCACAGGUGAGAAUGUGCGGGAAUUCUUUUUCCGGGUUGCAGCGCUGACCUUCGAGGGCAGCGUGAUGGCGGAGCUGGAGAGGAGCAGCGCAAGAAGGAUUGGCGACGUCGUGCGUAAGUGUAUCCCUCGCCACAUGUGUCCAGCUGGCCCCAUAGCGGGCGGGAACUUCAAACAGGCCCCCACCCCCCAGUUUCCACAGAGGCAGCCCCACUUCUGCCUCAGAACCGGCUUGGUGCUGUCCGGACCUUUGUAAACGGAACUGUGUAUAUUCAACACUUUAAAAACCCCAAAGCAUGGUGCAGAAUUUCGGUAUAAAUUCUGCCCUGGGAAAAAGCCACAUCCUUCCGCCAGCAAAAGUUCUGCAAGCAGAGCAGAUCUCCACCGACUGUUGCAAAAGUCCUUGCACUGCCCGUCUUGUUUUCGUUCCCUGCGUUUUAAUAGAUUGGUUCAUUCUGUUUUGGUUCUGUUUUUGCAUUUUGUCUGCCUUGCUUUAAUUUGUCUGAGCUGCCUUGAGCCGCAGUCCAGGGGAAAAUAAAUAAAUCUAAUGAUAAUUAGAUUUGCAAAAUUUACUGUGCUCAAAUAUAAUUUGUAGAGGUGCUUCUGCUGUGCUUUUUUUGGUUCAUUGAAGUUAUUCUGUUUUUAGAGCUGCUGUGCUGUGCUGCUGCUGCUGUUUUUUAAUCUUUGAGGGCUCCGUGCUAUAAAGCAGCUUCUAAGCUUGUUAAAUAAUAAUGUUUUAAUUUUUAGUGUAUUUCUUUGUAUCCUGCUUUUUCCCCAAGCAGGAACUCAAGGCAGCUUACACAAAGCAAAACAACACAGACAGGAUAUAAAAAACUGAAAAGAUCUAUAAGCUAAUCAUUAAGAUAAUAGCAAUACCUCUCAAGUCCCCUCUCUGGCACGGCCCACCAUGUUUCUCACUGCAUCUUCAUAAGGACUAGAAACUUGUUUGCUUCAUAGAGACUGAGGAUUCUUGGGAAGCUUCCCUGUUUUGUGGUAUUUCAAUACACAACUCUGCUGAUGGAUGGUGACAGGCAGAGUUUAGCCAAUGAGAAUGGGAUGGGGGCGGGCUCCGUGUCGCCAAGGUUACGGCUGCCUCUUCCCAGCGAUCCACAGUUCUGCAAGCCAAGCAAAAUUGUGUGAUUUGCCGCAAAGUUUAUUUGCACUGCACAUCGGCAGGUAUUUUUUUAUUUUUUAUUAAAUAAUUGGUAAAGAUGGGUUAGUUUUCAGGGUUUGUUGCAAAGCUUAGAGCUUGUGCAUUUGUUUUGUUUUUAUCCUGCACAUUUUGCCUGUACCUUCACAAGGACUAGAAACUUGUUUUGCUCAUAGAGGCUGAGGUUUUCCAGGAUUUUUCGCUCUGCCUCUUUCAGGGAUCCACAGCGACGAGCGGGACCUUUACCUGACCGAGAAGCGUCGGAGAGCGAAAUGUUGCCAGUGA